CCCAGUCAACCAUUGUGAGUCUUACUGUGUCCCUACCGGCGUCUACCCUCAAUCACUGACUGAAAGAUGAGCUCUCGCAAGAGACCGCGCGACUCGACCGACGCUCCGUGCACGCGCACGCGCAAGAUGAAGCGCGUCGUCUCAUCAUCAGCCGAAAAAUCGCGCGACAAACGUCUCUUCCGCAGCAACGACCAUGCGACGGACGCGCUUGCAUACGUCCGCCGUCUUCGCGAGCAAGAGGAGCUGUGUGAUGUCAAGAUGGUUGUUGGAGGGCGCGAUUUCAACGCGCACAAGGUUGUUCUCGUCAGCACGGUGCCAUAUCUUCGCGCCAUGUUCGCGUCGGGGAUGAAGGAGAGCCGACAAAGUGCGAUCGAGUUGAAGGAGGUCGACGCAUGCGCGUUUCAGUUGAUUUUGGACUAUGCCUAUACGGGAGAGGUGGAGGUGACUACCGAGAAUGUACAGGAGUUGUUGUCGGCUGCCAACUUCCUACAGAUGGGCAGUCUCCGCGACGCCUGCUGCGACUUUCUCGAGGUACAACUCGAGCCGAGCAACUGCCUUGGUAUCCGUGCGUUCGCCGACGUCCACGGAUGCGGCGAGUUGGCAAGACGAACGGACAAGUUUGUUUGUCAACGGUUGGCAGAGAUCGUGAAGACAGACGAGUUCUUGAGUCUUGAGUGGAAGGAAGCUCGUCAACUGCUGUCAAGAGACGACAUUCAGGUUCGAUCUGAAGAGAUCGUUUUUGAGGCAGCUUGUCAUUGGCUUCAACGCGAUCUUCCCUCCAGACAACAAUACAUCGAGGAUGUCUUACAUACCAUCCGUCUACCGCUCCUCAAGCGUUCGUAUAUCAAAGAUACUGUCCUACAGACCGACUUGAUCAAGGACAGCGAGCAUCUACGGUAUCUCAUAAAGGGUGUGCUUAUAGCUAUCAACAGUCCCGAAAACCCAUUGACGAAACACCGUGCAGCACCGGAGACGAUCUUCAUCGUAGGUGGGAGAAAUAGUCGACGAUGUCUUAACACAACGGAAAAGUAUGACACACAGAAUGAUCAAUGGACUGCGAUGCCGCCGAUGAAACAAAUCCGUACUGCAGUCGGACUUGCGUCUCUAGAUGGCGUUUUGUAUGCAAUCGGUGGAGAAUGCGAAACACCGAACUCACAGGAUGGAACAUUGUAUCUUGAUUCGUGUGAACGGUUUAGCCCGUUGGAGAAUAAGUGGGAAACUAUACCCUCGAUGCCGCAUCAGCGUAGCUUUGUUGGGGUUGUCGCUCACGAUGGGUAUGUGUAUGCUAUCGGUGGUGAGGACAAAAUGACGAGUUUUAAUUAUGUGGAACGAUAUGAUCCGGAUAAGUGCGAGUGGGAGAGUCUGCCGGAUAUGCGGCUCAAUCGAUCAGGAGCGGGAGUUGCCGUGUUGGAUAGCAAGAUUUAUGUGGUCGGAGGUCACGAUCAGCAGUUGCAUCAUAGCAGUGUGGAGGUCUAUAAUCCCGCUGACAACACAUGGUCAUUUGCCGCCGACAUGACACUCGCUCGAUCUGGUGUUGGCGUUUGUGUCAUAGACAACAUACUCUAUGCAUUCGGCGGCAGGAAUCGAAUCCAAGCGAUUUACUACGACGUCGUCGAGAGAUUUGAUUUAGCCGCCAACCGAUGGGAAAGACUUCCGGUCAUGACGACCGCUCGAGCUUGGCCCGCCGUGUCGGUUCUCAGAGGUAAAGCGUACGUCUGCGGUGGCUACGACGGACGACUACGACUCAACACGGUCGAAGUAUUCGACCCUUGCACAAGUGAUUGGAAACAAGUCGGAAGUAUGAUGGAAUACCGUGCGGGCGCAUCGGCUGCUGUAGCAUAGAUUGAUAUCAACACAAUUUUUGGAUACUAAAUUGAUUAGAUGGCAUCCGGACGAGAUGCCACGGACAGUAGUAAUAGAAUUUGAGUUA